AUGGAAGCAGGAUAUGGUAGAAAUGGAAUGAAGAUUGGAUGUACUUAACCUAGAAGAGUUGCAGCUAUGUCUGUAGCAAAAAGAGUAGCUGAAGAAAUGGGAGUAUAACUUGGAGAUGAAGUUGGAUAUGCUAUUAGAUUUGAAGAUUGUACAGGUCCUAAUACUAUUAUUAAAUAUAUGACAGAUGGAAUGUUAUUAAGAGAAGCUUUAAUAGAUAAAGAUAUGAGUUAAUAUAGUGUUAUAAUGUUGGAUGAAGCUCAUGAAAGAACUAUUAAUACUGAUGUUUUAUUUGGAUUAUUAAAAUAAGUUGUUGCUAAAAGAAAUGAUUUCACUUUAAUUGUAACAUCAGCUACUUUAGAUGCUGAAAAAUUCUCUUCUUAUUUUUUUAAUUGCAAGAUAUUUAGAAUUCCUGGACGUAAUUUUCCUGUUGAAGUAUUCUUUACAAAUGAACCUGAAGAAGAUUAUUUAGAAGCUGCAUAAUUAUGUGUUAUAUAAAUUCAUUUAGAAGAACCAGCAGGAGAUAUUUUAUUAUUUUUAACAGGAUAAGAAGAAAUUGAUACAGCAUGUCAAGUACUUCAUGAAAGAAUGAAAAAAUUAGGUCCAGAUGCACCAGAGUUAAUUAUAUUGCCAGUUUAUUCUGCUUUACCUACUGAAUUAUAAUAAAAGAUUUUUGAACCUGCCCCUGUUGGAGCAAGAAAGAUUGUUAUAGCUACUAAUAUUGCUGAAGCAUCUAUUACUAUUGAUGGAAUAUAUUAUGUUGUUGAUCCAGGAUUCUCUAAAAUCAAAGUUUAUAAUCCAAAAUUAGGUAUGGAUUCAUUAAUCAUUGCACCAAUAAGUUAAGCUUCUGCUUAAUAAAGAGCUGGUAGAGCAGGUAGAACUGGACCAGGAAAAUGCUAUAGAUUAUAUACUGAAUAAGCAUUUAAUACAGAAAUGUUACCUACUUCAGUACCAGAAAUUUAAAGAACUAAUUUAGCUAAUACUAUCUUAUUAUUAAAAGCUAUGGGAAUACAUGAUCUAUUAAAUUUUGAUUUUAUGGAUCCACCACCUGUUUAAACUAUGAUUGCAGCUAUGGAAUAAUUAUAUGCUUUAGGAGCUUUAGAUGAUGAAGGAUUAUUAACUAAAGUAGGUAGAAAAAUGGCAGAAUUUCCAUUAGAACCUCCUUAAGCUAAAAUGUUAUUAACAGCUGUUGAUUUAGGAUGUGUUGAUGAAAUUAUUACAAUUAUUGCUAUGUUAUCUGAACCUAAUAUCUUCUAUAGACCUAAAGAUAGAUAAUAGUUAGCAGAUUAAAAAAAAGCUAGAUUUCAUAGACCAGAAGGUGAUCAUCUAACUUUAUUAACUGUUUAUGAACAUUGGAAAAAAAACAAUUUUAGUAAUGUUUGGUGUCAUGAAAACUAUAUUUAAGCAAGAUCUAUGAGAAGAGCUUAAGAUGUAAGAAAAUAAUUAUUAUAAAUUAUGGAAAGAUAUAAAUUCUAAAUUACUUCUUGUGGAAAAGAUUUUUGGAAAAUCAGGAAAGCUAUCACUGCUGGUUAUUUCUUUCAUGUUGCUAAAAAAGUAUUUAUUUUUAAUAUUUUUUAUAGGAUUAAGCUGAAGGAUAUAAAACUCUUUCCGAUAAUUAAUAAGUCUAUAUACAUCCUAGUAGUGCGUUAUUUAACAAAGGACCUUUGUGGUGUGUUUAUCAUGAAUUAGUCAUGACUUCUAAAGAAUAUAUGAGAGAAGUCUGUGAAAUAGGUAUUCAAUUUCUCAUUAUAUAUUCUUAGAACCUAGAUGGCUUAUUGAAGUUGCUGAAAAUUACUUCAAGGCUCAUAAUUAAAUGGGAUAACUCUCAAAAACUAAGAAAUCAGAAAAAUUAGAUCCAUUAAGUUGCAAAUUUGGAGAUGCUAAUGCAUGGAGACUAAGUAAGCGUAAGGGUUGAUAUUAAUAUUAUAUUUAAUAUUAUUUAUUUAUUUUAUGCUCCAUAUCACAUGUAUCAAUUCUUAACUAAAUAGAACAAAGUGACUAUCCUCAAUUCCCUUUUAAUGCCAGAAGAGUAAGUCAUUUGGUUUUGUAAUAGUGUACAACUCCAAAAUCUCAAAAACUUCAUGUGACUGAUUUACACAGAAAAACACUUAAAAAAAAUUCAUUAAUACACUGUCUUCGAUUAUUAAAAGGAUAUACAGAUGACUUUAAUCUAAAUCCAAUCCAAACUGAGAAGAAAAUAUAAAGCAAGAAAAUUAUAAAUUUAAAACCAUUAAAGAAUGUAAUUGAAAAAAUAACUCUAAUGAGAUAAUAACAAUAACCAAGAAGAAAAUCUGCAUAUGGAGAUACAUUUGGUGAAAUGACAGCAAAACAAUUUUCUAAUCUACCAACUAUUAUUUAAUAACAUCGCUAAAUUGAUGGUUAAAGAUUCGCUUUAACAAGUUUUGCUGAUAUCUUAGAAAGAAAAAAAUAAAAAAGAACCACAAGAAAACCAAGCUUAUUGAGGAAACUCACUAAAUAAGAUACAAUUGUUGGUAGUUAUUCCUGUUAAUUUAGAAUAUGAUAACAUGGAAAGACCACCUUCAUGUAAAACUCCUCCUAAAUAAAUAGUAAUCAGAUCAAUUCAUAAAUCUUAAAUUGAAUUAAAAAAAGAAAAAUAUCUAAAAAUUUAAGAUUGUAAGAUGAUCUAAUUUUUAGCUGGAAAAUCUGAAUAAUUAAAAAUAUAAAUAAAUGGCAACAAAGCUCUUACUCUUAAUGUCUAAACAACAACUCCUUAAUCUUCUUCUAUUAUUGCCAAUCAUAGAAAUUCAGCAUUAUUUCCAACACUUCCAAUUAAUAAAAUUAGCAGAUGUAUCACUAAUCCUUUUGAUAAUAAAUCUGGUCUUUAACUAAGUAGUAGAUCUAUGAAUAGUCAUCAUACCCCAUAUCUCAAAUAAAACUAAUUAUUGAACAAAUAGAUACAAUCAGAUUUAAAAAAUUUAUCUCAUCCUUUAUAAAGAUUAAGUUAUCAUUUAUGA